AUGGCUCUUAAAGCCGUUAAUAUCUCCGACGUUCCCUGUCUGGAUCAGGUGCCGGAGAAUGCUUCCACUGCUCUUAAUUCCGGUCGGUUCUCUAAUGGUAAAGAUGGAGGCAAAGCAUCGUUGAAAUGGCCAAAGUUUCUGGUUAUAGGACACAGAGGGAGUGGUAUGAACGUCUUACAAUUGCCUGACCGGAGGUUGAAAGCCAUCAAAGAGAACUCCAUUCUAUCCUUUAAUACUGCCGCAAAGUUCGGUGUUGAUUUCGUUGAAUUCGACGUUCAGGUGACUAAAGAUGACUGUCCGGUCAUUUUCCACGACAACUUCAUCCUCACGAUAGAAAAUAGUGAGAUAUCUGAGAGAAGACUCACGGAGUUAACUUUGGCUGAAUUCCUUUCUUAUGGACCCCAAACAGAGCCUGGAAAUGUUGGGAAACCAUUGUUAAGAAAGGGUUAUGGAGACGGGAAGAUUUACAACUGGAAAGUUGAAGAAGAUGACGCCUCCUGUACACUUGAAGUGGCAUUCCAGAAGGUAAACCCUACUUUGGGUUUCAAUAUCGAGCUGAAGUUUGAUGACCACAUAGUCUAUCGAGAUGAAGAACUCAUCCAUGUCCUUCAAGCAAUCUUAAAGGUGGUCUUUGAACACGCCAAGGAGAGACCCAUUGUCUUUUCAACCUUCCAGCCUGAUGCAGCACGGUUAACCAGUAUGUUGCAGAGCAUCUAUCCUGUGUUCUUCCUUACAAAUGGAGGAUCUGAAAUUUACAAGGAUGUGAGAAGGAAUUCCUUGGAGGAGGCUGUCAAGCUUUGCUCGUCAUGUGGUUUGCAAGGGAUUGUAUCAGAAGUUAAAGCCGUCUUCAGAAAUCCAGGCGCCAUUAACACGAUCAGAGAAGCGAAUCUUUCACUCCUAACCUAUGGCCAACUGAAUAUUGUGCCAGAAGCGAUUUACAUGCAACAUCUAAUGGGGGUGGAUGGGGUGAUCGUGGAUCUGGUUCAAGAGAUUUCAGAAAGAGUGUCGGUUUACAUCAAGCCAGUUAAGGAGGGUGAGUACGAAGAUAAUAGCAGCCUCUCAUCUCAUGAAGGGGCAGAUGGGCAGAUCCAAACCGCAACAAGGCCCAACUUCUCACAGCGUGAACUCUCAUUUCUACUCAAGUUGAUGCCUCAGUUGAUACAAGUUACAUUCUAGAGAAA